AUGGAGUCGAUACUACAGAAUGAAAUAAAUUUUACAUGGGGUGAACAACCAUCAACACUUCCUCUAGAACUUUCAUCGGAACAUCCAUUACCGAUGAACUGGAAUACUGAACGAAGUGAACCUACCAUCGUUCAUUGUACACUUGCUUCCGAUGGUAUAUGGGUUUUUAAUGGAUUAUUCACAGAGUAUGAAUGUGACGAUUGGAGAAAAGCAUCAUUAGAUAUUGGGUAUAAUACAUCACGUGAAAUUACUCCUAUUGGACAGUGUGUGUUAAAUCACUCCGCGCGUACUGGUACACCCAUUAUAUGGCCUGCGUCAACAUCCAUUAGAACUAAUAAACGAUGCAUAUGGCAAGUUCCACGUUUUGAAGUCGAUAUGCAAGACUUAUUACAUAUUGAAAACCACAAUCGAUAA